UUUUCAUGUUUUGAUAAGAACUGUUGAAAAUUUCAAUGCUUCAACAAUUUUCAUAAGACAUUUGUUGAAACACAUUUACAAGAACUGAAAAUAAAGUGGUUCAAAAAAAUAAUAUUACUCAAGUAAUUAUUGGUAAUUGAUAUAAUGUGUAGGAGUUAGAUUUCUCUGGUAAAUAGUUUGUAUGAUUGCCAUUGUAGAAACCUAUUUUAUGUUCAAUAUUGAAAAGUUGACAAUGAUAUUUUAUUUCUCUAUUUUUUAUACAGAUUAUGCCUCCAAUAGUGACAAAUCUCACAGUUGUGACAGAAUUUAUCCUCAUGGGAUUUUCUACCAAUGAAAAUAUACACAUUUUGCAGUUAGUGCUCUUCUUUUUGAUUUAUUUCUGUGCUCUGAUGGGGAAUGUCCUCAUUAUUGUGGUCACAACUUUGGACCAGAAUCUCCACACCCCCAUGUACUACUUCUUGAAUAAUUUAUCCUUUUGGGAUCUCUGCCUAAUUUCAAUCACUAUUCCCAAAUCCAUUGCCAACUCUUUGUCUCACAAUAACUCCAUCUCAUUCAUUGGCUGUGUUACCCAGGCCUUUCUGGUAGUUUUUUCAGCAACCACAGAACUGCAUCUCCUGACAGCAAUGUGCUUUGACCACUAUGCUGCCAUAUGCCAUCCCCUGCACUAUGAAAUUAUCAUGAACAAAGACGUGUGUGUUCACUUGACAGUAGCAUCUUGGCUGGGUGGGGGUUUGAUUGCUUUGAUGCACACAGUUGGUACCUUCUCCUUAUCCUACUGUGGAUCUAACAUAGUCCAUCAGUUCUUUUGUGACAUCCCCCAAUUAUUGGCUAUAUCUUGCUCAGAAAAUUUAACAAGAGAAAUUGUACCUAUUAUCAUUAGUGUGGUUUUGGACAUCUGUUGUUUUAUUUACAUCAUCAUUUCCUAUGUGAACAUCUUUUCCACUGUCAAGAAGAUUCCAUCAACAGAAGGUCAGUCAAAAGCCUACUGCACUUGCCUUCCACAUCUGGUGGUAGUUAUAUUAUUUCUCUUCACUGGCAUCUUUGCUUAUCUGAAGCCAACUUCAGGGAUUCCUUCUAUUUCUGACCUUUUAAUUUCUAUGUUCUACACUAUGGUGCCCCCAACCGUUAAUCCUAUUAUAUACAGUCUAAGAAAUAAUGUCAUGAAAAUGUCAUUGGGGAGGUUGCUAAAAAUAAUAUUCACCAAAAAUUAA